AUGGCCGGUUUCGAGUUCACAUUAGGUCCAAUGCUCUUAGGGAUGGCGGUGAAUGUGUGGCUGUAUGGAAUCAUAACCAUACAGGCUGUGGAAUACUAUACAUCAUUUCAGGGGGACCCGAAGUGGGUCAAGGCUAUGGUCACUUGGUUACUUGUACUGGAGACACUAAAUAGUGCCUUUGGCAUUGGGUUGGUAUGGCGGUAUACGAUAGUUCUAUUUGGCAAUUUAGAGGGUCUGCGUUAUUCUCAUUGGCUCCUCGGCAUCGAGCCCAUCAUAACCGUUAUGAUAUCUUCAACUGUACAAGGAUUUUUCGUUUGGAGAAUAGUCAAGUUAACCAGACGAGUUUGGCUAGGUUGGUUGAUCGCGGGUACAAUUGUGCUUCAAUUCGCUGCUGGUCUGGUCGGUGCUAUAGGAGGACUUAUUUUAAACGAGUUUGGACGUUUUCACGAGCUUAAUGUGCCUGUUACCAUAUGGAUGGUAUCAUCAGUCGUAACUGACGGAGUGAUUGCGAUUAUUCUUAGUUGGUUCUUGUGCACCCGUCGCACCGGAUAUCCUAAGACCGACCACAGAAUCAAUCGAAUAAUUAGGAAUACUAUGCAAACGGGUUUGGUAGUCACCCUAUGGGCAACAACAGACUUGAUCCUUUUCUUAACUAUGCCAUAUAAUAGCAUGCAUUUGAUACCCCAAUUAUCGCUAUGUAAACUGUACACGGCAUCACUUUUGACUACACUGAACACUCGUAACACAAUAAGAGAACCUUCCACUGAAGACUGUAGUGAAGCAGUUCAUGCAUGGCGAGGUACUGGUAACGCAGUCAAGGAUCAGAUCCGCACAUCUUUAUCUCCGACGCCCCAAACACCCAAGGAUGCUAAAGUCGGCUUAUCUCUAGAACAUCCAAUAGAUGCAAUACAAAUCGUAUCUGCGAGCCGAGGAUAUCGGAACGACGCCUACGAAUUGGACGAGCUUCGUGAUGGGAAGAGGCUCGAUUCUGGGGACGUCGAAGCGCGCAUACAGCCCUCUCCCUUGUCUUAG